ACGAGUGAAAUACACACACACACACACACACACACGCACGCACGUAUACACAUGAAUAUUACAAUAUAAAAUAUUAAACACGCUAAUCCGCUUCGCCGGAGUCUAGUCAAAUGGCAAUAACGUAUUGUUCACUAUUUCAUAUAAGUACAUAUUUUAUGUUACGCAAGAGACACGUUGCGUUGAAACCAAAUGCACUCAAGAAAAAAGGAAAACGAGCAGCUGGAAAACUUGCUCAGCCAAUAUUUUAAAACGAGAUCAUUUUCCACGUAUGGAGCUGUCAAAGAUGAUAAAUUAUCUACAUACCGACAAAAUAGUUUUGUACACCAGAAAUAUAACAAGCCUAAAUCGCCCAUAUUUGAAUUCAAGACGUUUUGCUCUAUGACCAGCUUGCAUGGUUUCUUUCAUUUUGUGGAAAACAAUUUUAACAAGAUUGGAAAAUUCUUUUGGGCCAUUAUAUUAGUGGCCAUAUAUAUAUUAUGUGGUGUGUCGAUUUAUUUUUUAAUACGCAUAUUUUUGGAGAUGCCAGCAAUAAUAUCGUUGGACAACUCGGUUUCUUCGAUCUGGACGAUUCCGUUUCCGGCAAUUACGAUAUGCAGUGCGAACCAAGUCCGCCCUUCCGUUUAUAACUAUUCGGAUAUUAACAUUACCGAGUACAAAGACCAAUUAAUUCAGAAUACAAUGUACGGUGUUUGCAAAAAUAAUCCAAUAAAGGAAAAAUGGAAAUCGUCUGAAGACUAUAUAGACGGUUCCUUUGUUUCGCAAGUUUUAAAGGAAAGUACUAUUAUUGUUAUUAUUAUCUAACUCGUGUUGAGCGUU